AUUUGAUGUUAAUAAUCAUUUUGUUAAAUUUAUUACUAUCAGUAGACACGCGUUAUGCUGCUACAAAAGUUCAAGAUACUGUGCCUUUUAAAUAAUUUAAAAUUCAUACUACUGAAACAAAAGUAUCAAAAGCAGGACAUUAAAUACAAUUAGUAUAGCAUCUCAUUUUGGAAAUUAGAUAAGAAAAACCUGAUUAAAUUGAUAUUCAAAUCUAUGAUGAAGCAAAAAAUCAUUUUAGAAUACCAUCAACUCCUGUAUUUGAAUUCAAUUAUAAUAGCCAUUUGAUUAUCAUGAUAUUAAGGAUCCUCAAUAAUUUGAUAAUUAUGAUUACAGCAUUAAAGUAGAAGAUAAUCCAUUUAAAAUAAGAGUUUAAAGAGAUAAUGCAACAAUUUUUACAAUAACAGAUUUAAUUUUUAGUGAAACAUAUAUUGAAUUUACUCAUAUUCCACAAAACAAAUAAAUGUGGGGUUUAGGAGAAAGAAAUUAAGUUGGAUUUCGUUUUAGAUAAGGGAUAUAUACAUUAUAUGCAAGGGAUUAACCAAAUAUAAUAGAAGAUGGUAAGAGACCUGGAAAACAUGUAUAUUCAAGUCAUCCAGUGUUAUUGAGUAUGGAAGAAAGUGAGAAAUUCAAUAUAAUGUUUUAUAAAACUUCAUCUCCAAUGGAUGUGAAUUAUGAGUAGGAUUAAAUGAAAUUUAUAACAAUAGGAGGAAUUAUACAUAUAAAGUUAUUUCUUGGUGAUAAAUCUCCUAGGACUGUAAUUAAAAAAUACCAUUAAUAUUUAGGAGGUUGGAUGCUUCCACCAUUUUGGGGAUUUGGAUUUCAUUAAUGUAGAUGGGGAUAUAAAAAUGGUAGUGUUUUAAUAGAUGUUGUACAAUAGUAUUAGAAAAAUAAGAUACCAAUAGAUAUAAUUUGGACCGAUUUAGAUUAUAUGAAUGAUAGAUAAAUAUUUUCAGUUGAUAAACAUAGAUUUCCAAAGAAAGAUUUCUAAUAUUUAAAAGGAUUAGGUGUUAGAUAUAUUCCAUUAUUGGAUGUAGCAGUAGGAGUAAAAUAUGGAGUUGAAGAUGAAGGUUUUAAAAAAGGAACAGAAUAUGAUGUUUUUUUAUAUUCUCCUAAUACUGGUUAUCGAUUUUAGGGUUAUGUAUGGCCAGGAGAUUCUUAUUUUCCUGAUUUCUUUCAUCCAAAUAUUAGUGAAUAUUGGAAUGAAAUGCAUUAACAUUUAUAUAAAUAAGUAGAAUUUGAUGGUCUUUGGGUUGAUAUGAAUGAACCAGCAAAUUUUUGUGAAGGUGAAUGCAAUUGGAGUAAUAAACUAUAUGAUCAUACAAAAAGAGAUGAUAAAUUAAACAAAGAAAUAAUAUUCCCAUAUAUUCCAGGUGAAAUACCAUUAGCAAACAAAACAUUGCCUCCUCAUUUAUUACAUCAUGGAUAAUAUUUACAUAAAGAUGUUCAUAAUCUUUAUGGAAUCAUGGAUUCUUAUUAUACUUAUUAAGCUCAAAAGGCUUUAGGUAAAAUACAACCAUUUUAGAUUACCAGAUCAACAUUCCCAGGUACUGGAAAAUAUGCUUAACAUUGGACAGGUGAUAAUGGAGCAUCAUGGGAUUUCCUAUAUUUAUCAUUAGGAUAAAUAUUUUAAUUUUAAAUAUUUGGAAUUCCUAUGGUUGGAGCUGAUGUUUGUGGAUUCAUGGAAGAUACAAAUGAUAAACUUUGUAGUAGAUGGAUAUAAUUAGCUUUAUUUUAUCCUUUUUUUAGAAACCAUAAUAAUGAUUUAUCAAAACCAUAAGAAUUCUACAAACUUGGAUUUCAUGUUAUUUAAUCUGCUCAAAAAAACAUCCAUUUAAGAUAUUCAUUAUUAAAAUGGUUUUAUUCCAUUUUUAUUAGAGAAUAAAAUCAUGGUUCAAGUAUAUUAUUAUAAUAAAUAAUAAUUAGUAAUUAAUCCCUUAUUUUUCAUCUUUCCUCAGGAUUAUCUAACAUACAGAGAUUUCGUAAUGGAUACUUAAUUAAUUAUUGGAGAAGAAUUGAUGGGUGCUCCUAUCUUAAAUGAAGGAAUGACUAGAAUUGCAUAUUUUCCUGAUUCAAACUGGUAUGAUCUUAUUACAGGAUUAGAAUUAAAGGGUUAAUAGGAUCAUAAUCUUUAUUGUUCAUAUAAUGGAAUUGUACCUAUAUUCAUUAGAAGUGGAUACUUAGUGAUAUAAAAUACUAAAGAAACAAUUAAGAAUUUAAAAUCUUUAGAUAAUCAUUAUAGAAUUAUUGCUGCUCUCAAAAAUUAAGAAGCUAUAGGAGUAUUUGCAGAUUUAGAUGAUUUUGAAGAUGAAGAAAAAGCACUUCAAGCAACUAUCAUUAAUUUUAAAAUUUUAAUUGAUGAAAAUGAUGUUACAAUCACAAUAACUCAAAGCCAUUCAGAAUUAAUAAUUGAUGAGAUAUUAAUUUAUGGAUUAGAAUGUUCAUAUAAGUAAUGCAUAUCUGGAUAUUAUAAAUAUAACUCUAUAUUUAAAGGUCCAUUUAGUUUGGGACAAGAUAAAACAGAAUUAAAACUAAAAUGA